GGAUGAGGAGGAUGAAGUAAGGAGGAACAAGAGAGAGAGAGAGAGGUUCAUGCCAAUAAAGUCUUUGAAUAGAGCUGAAAAAACUGAGGGGGGGCAAUAAAAGCACCCAUGUGACUGCAGCAGCUUUUAACAGGCAGCUGAUGGAGAAACCGCACGCAGACGGAGAACAGGUGGAGGUGCGGGCAGGUAGAGAGGUGGAGAAAGAGAGAGAGAGAGAGAGAGAGAGAGAGAGAGAGCACACUCAGCGAAGCUCACUUUACCUGCAGGCCCAGCUCAGGUGAGAGAGAGGGGGGCAGAGAGGCAGGCUGGAUCCGCAGUAUGCUGAGGGCGUCCCCUCACCUGGAAAGAUGUACGUGAGUUACCUGCAGCUGGAUAAGGACCCGGCAAUGUACCCGCACCAGACCCCGGUGUCCCGCCACCCGGGGCUCAGCCUCAGCCCGCAGAACUUCGCGGUGCCCGCCCCGCCGCAGUACUCGGACUUCGCCAGCUACCACCACCACCACCACCACCACGGCAUCAACAACGAGGUGCACCCGGUCCAGCAGGCCGGGCCGGGCGCCGGCGGCUGGAGCCCGGCCUACCCGCCUCCACCUCCGCCCACACGGGACGACUGGUCGCCCCACCACUACGCCGCUGCAGCCGGGGGGCCUCCAGCGGCGUCCGGCACGGUGGGUCCCAGCCUGGGGUUCAGCCCCCUGGAGUUCCCCGGACAGCCGCCUGCGCUGAUGCCCGCGUCCCUAAACGCGUCUGCGGGGCAGCUGUCCCCCGGAUCCCCGCAGAGGAGGAACCCGUACGACUGGAUCCGCCGCAGCUCCGCGCAGCCCACCAACCCCAACGGAAAGACGCGGACUAAAGACAAGUACCGGGUGGUGUACACCGACCACCAGCGGCUGGAGCUGGAGAAAGAGUUUCACUACAGCAAAUACAUCACCAUCAGGAGGAAGGCGGAGCUCGCCACAGCACUCGGCCUGUCGGAGAGACAGGUGAAGAUCUGGUUCCAGAACCGCCGGGCAAAGGAGCGCAAGAUCAACAAGAAGAAGCUCCAGCAGCCGGCCUCCUCCACCACCACACCCACCCCUCCCGCCGGCACCAACGGCAGCGGAGGAGGAGGAGGAGGAGGAGGAGGCGGCGGCCUCCACGGAAAUGGCGGGAGCAGCGUCGCCAUGGUGACGAGCAGCAGCGGCAGCAACGGGCUGGUGUCCCCUUCCUCCAUGCCUUUGAACAUCAAAGAGGAGUACUGAGGAGGAGGAGGAAGGUGCUUCGUUGGACGCUGAUGUCGGGGAUACGGACUAAAAGAUUCUCCCCUACGAACUGAAAAACUUUUGGCGUCACAUCCUGCCGCUUGCCGCCGUCCUGCCUGCCCUCUUCAAGCCAAAGCUCGUUGAAAAAUUUGAGAAAAUGCAGAUGGGUGAUCUCACCAGCAACAGUACUUCUUCUCCCGUCAGACUGUUGUUGCAGAUAAUAACAGAUUGUGAUUAGAUGUUUGCUUGCUGGGAUGUCGACAGGCGAAACGAAACCGCAGGACUUUUAUCACUCUCCCGAACCCCGGUUCGGCUCUUCGCUCCUGCCAGAUCCACCGCCGGGUACAUCACCGCAGAGUCAUGUUGUUUGUCCAAACUUUCUUCAAACUCACAGAACUUUAUUCGAAAUACUAGCAGAGAUCCCAAAGUGCCAAAAGAUACCAAAACGAUGCACAAGACAUGUUGAAUAUUUCCAUUUGAUGGAAUGAUGCAGCCAUAAAAAUAUGUCUUGGGUUUGAAUAUUUCAACGAAGAGCUGCAGCAAGCAGACGCAGAAUAUACUUGUAUAAGAUACUGUCAGACAGUGUGGAUAACGUGUUUUGUUUUGUUUUUUAACUCUAAAGCUACUUAAAAAUUGGGAUUGGGAUUUUCAGGGUAAAUCCUGUUUUCAGAUGUUUGUUUUUUUUUGCUUGAUGAUGAUGCAUUUAAGAAAACAUAGAUCCUGCUUUAUUAAGAAAUGUUUUCUCGACCCAUAGAGGACAAUAAAAUCCAGUGACAGAAUCCCAGCAUG